AUGGAUGUGCGCUUCCUGAUAAACACUAAAACUCGACGCAUCGUAUUCAUUGAGGCCGGAAAAGAGUUUGUCGAUGAUCUGCUUAGCAUUCUUACUAUGCCCAUCGGUUAUAUCGCCGAAUUUCUGUCCAAGGAAUUCGGUUCUCUCACCAAUCUAUAUGAGAGCAGAAAAAAAAUGUCCCAUAUAUUUACGAGACAGAGUAAUAUCCUGUGGCAGUUCUUCGACUGCCGGAAUAACAUCUUCUCUAAAGCUGACAUAGAGAUUGGAGACGGAGAGUGUUAUGUCUGCCCGCGUGCUAGGCCCAAUUCUAAAAGGACUCACAAUAUGAGCAUCGAUUAUGGAGAGGAAUGUCGCUGCGGGAAGACUAUCGACCGAUGCGUUGAUUUACAGCAGGCCAGCGGUUACGUAAAAUACAAGGACCUUUUUCUGAUAACUGAUGAUUUGAAGAUAACACUGAGCUCUAUGCCCAAUUCUAGAACGAUACUCGAUCACCUCAACAUCAAAGAUUUUGCAGACGUUCAGGACCGUACGGUAUCUGUUGAUAUCGUCAAGGUCAGUGUUGUUGGAUUUACUUCAAAUUUCUUUGAUAGAUUUUGUUACAGAGAUAUUUAUGGCACUAAUAUAAACAAUUGUCAGGCAUGUAAACUUGCGGAGGCUUGCUUGGUUUCACAUUCAACAACUGUCUUCACCGAUGUUUUCGGACCUGAGUUUUUCUAA